ACCGACGCAUGCGCGCCGCGCUCUCGACGAGGCGGCUUUGGUGUUGGUGGCGGCUGCCGCGGUGGCUGUGGGACGGUGACGGUGGAACUGCCAUCCUCGGCUCGGUUGGCCCAGACUGCGGCUCAUGGCCUUGAGUGGCAUCCGUCAUCAGAUCAUUAACUGAAGACAAAAUAAGCAACUAUGCAAAAUUCUCACAUGGAAGAGUACAGAAAUUCUACUAAUGGCAGCACAGGCAACAGUUCAGAGGUAGUGGUAGAACAGUCUGCUGAUUUCAGUACUGAGAUUAUGAAUGUUACGGAAAUGGAACAGUCCCCUGAUGGAUCUCCUAAUGUGAAUACAUCUACAGAAGAAAAUGAAAUAACAAAUGUUGUGGACCUUCCAGUGACAGAAACGGAAGCAAAUUUCCCUCCUGAAUAUGAAAAAUUCUGGAAAACUGUAGAAAACAAUCCUCAGGAUUUUACAGGCUGGGUAUAUUUGCUUCAGUAUGUAGAACAGGAGAAUCACUUGAUGGCUGCCAGGAAAGCGUUUGACAAAUUUUUCAUACACUAUCCGUAUUGCUAUGGUUACUGGAAAAAGUAUGCAGACCUUGAAAAGCGGCAUGACAACAUUAAACAAUCAGAUGAGGUGCGUUAAACCUCUACAGUUUGUCAAGCUUUGCAGUGCAAGCCUCUGUAUUACACUGCAGCUUAACAAACGCUGUCAUUGAUGCUCUAAUGGGUCUGUGCCCUAUGGUCUGUAACCCAAAGCCUGCCCACACAACCCGGUCAGAAUGCAGGGACUGCUGCGCUUUGAAGAUCAAGACUCUGCACGUGGGGAUCAGAACAUUGCCAUGUUCUAUCCAACCUCCACCCAAAUGGUGUAUCGGCGGGGGCUUCAGGCAAUACCUCUUAGUGUUGACCUAUGGAUACAUUAUAUAAACUUCUUAAAAGAAACAUUGGACCCUGGUGAUCCUGAGACAAACAGCACAAUAAGAGGAACUUUCGAGCAUGCUGUUUUAGCUGCAGGAACAGAUUUCCGAUCUGACAGACUAUGGGAAAUGUAUAUAAACUGGGAAAAUGAACAGGGAAACCUGAGAGAAGUUACAGCUAUAUAUGAUCGCAUUCUUGGUAUUCCAACACAGCUGUACAGUCAUCAUUUUCAGAGAUUUAAAGAACAUGUACAGAAUAACUUGCCUAGAGAUCUGUUAACUGGUGAACAGUUUAUUCAGCUGCGAAGGGAAUUAGCUUCUGUAAAUGGACAUAGUGGUGAUGAUGGUCCUCCUGGUGAUGAUCUACCAUCGGGAAUUGAAGACAUAACAGAUCCAGCAAAGCUAAUUACAGAAAUAGAAAACAUGAGACAUAGAAUCAUUGAAAUUCAUCAAGAAAUGUUUAAUUAUAAUGAGCAUGAAGUUAGUAAAAGGUGGACAUUUGAAGAAGGUAUUAAAAGACCUUAUUUUCAUGUGAAACCAUUGGAGAAGGCACAACUAAAAAACUGGAAAGAAUACUUAGAAUUUGAAAUAGAAAACGGGACUCAUGAACGAGUUGUGGUUCUCUUUGAAAGAUGUGUCAUAUCAUGUGCCCUCUAUGAGGAGUUUUGGAUUAAGUAUGCCAAGUACAUGGAAAACCAUAGCAUUGAAGGAGUGAGGCAUGUCUUCAGCAGAGCUUGCACUAUUCAUCUCCCAAAGAAACCCAUGGUGCAUAUGCUUUGGGCAGCUUUUGAGGAACAGCAGGGUAAUAUUAAUGAAGCCAGGAAUAUCUUGAGAACAUUUGAAGAAUGUGUUCUAGGAUUGGCAAUGGUUCGAUUGAGAAGAGUAAGUUUAGAACGACGGCAUGGAAAUAUGGAAGAAGCUGAACAUUUGCUUCAGGAUGCCAUUAAGAAUGCUAAAUCAAAUAAUGAAUCAUCGUUUUAUGCUAUCAAACUAGCCCGACAUCUUUUCAAAAUACAAAAAAACCUUCCAAAAUCAAGAAAGGUGCUUUUGGAAGCAAUCGAAAGAGACAAAGAGAAUACAAAGUUAUACCUCAAUUUACUUGAAAUGGAAUAUAGUGGUGACCUCAAACAAAAUGAAGAAAAUAUCCUAACUUGUUUUGACAAAGCUAUACAUGGUUCAUUACCUAUUAAAAUGAGAAUUACAUUUUCUCAGAGAAAAGUGGAGUUUCUUGAAGAUUUUGGUUCAGAUGUUAAUAAGCUUCUGAAUGCUUAUGAUGAACAUCAAACACUCCUAAAAGAACAGGAUUCUUUAAAAAGGAAAGCAGAAAAUGGGUCAGAAGAACCAGAGGAAAAGAAAGCUCACACAGAAGACACAACUUCAUCAUCUACACAGAUGAUUGAUGGUGAUUUACAGGCAAAUCAAGCGGCAUAUAAUUAUAGUGCAUGGUAUCAAUACAAUUAUCAGAAUCCGUGGAAUUAUGGACAGUAUUACCCUCCCCCUCCAACCUGAUGGGAAAAUAUAUCAGAUGGAAUGUAUUAAAAGUAUGAAAUUAUUUUUUUUUAAUGAGGGAUGUAAACAUAGCAUAAGCUUGUUGUAUUUGAUAACUUGUCUUCCUGUUUUCUGUGUAACAUGAUUUGUUUAGUAAUAGGGGAAAAUGUCACUUAGUAGCUUACCACAGAUACUAUUUCCUACCAUUUAUAAAAUUUACUUUUUAUUGGAGAACUAUUUUUUUGAUUUUUUGCAUUAAGUGGUCUAGAAUUCUUUUGCAAUGGAUUUGCAACAGAAAUCCUUUGUAGCCUUAAGGGGUAGGAAAAAAACUGACUGGAAAUCAUGUCAGUGUAGUUCAAGAUACUGAAAAUAUAUAAGGGCUGGUUAUUAAGGAUUUACCUCCUCUGUAAAAAAAAAAAAAAAAAAAAAUGGAUUUUUAACCUUUAAUGACAAGGUUUUGUCUGUUUCAAUUAUCCUUGUGAAUUUGGAUUUAACUGCAGAAAAGAUACACUAUUAAAUACUAUGUCUUGGGAUAGAGAUUAUAAAUGAAAAAAUGGAGUGUUUGCAUCCCUUUUAAAAAAUGAAAAUCAUAUCAAAAGUAUGUUGUUUCAGGAGACUUUGUAUUUAGAAUAUUCAUGUAAAACUUGUGAGCAAGCUUUCAUUUUGAUCAAACUGAUCAUCUUCAUUUUUGUAAUAAAACUUAAGACUCCUUAA